CCUUGGUUCAGGAAAGCCUCCUUACCCGCCUCCAUCCCCCCAUCCCCUUACUCUCGAAAGAGCAUUUUAAUGACCACUCUCUAGACUGAUGCAAGUCUGGAAAGGCGGGAUGCACUUUCCUGACAAGGCAAGCGGUGAGAUAGGAGAUAGUGAUUGGUGAGCGUGGGUACUCCAGGCUUGGGAAGGCUCAGAAUUUGCUCGUUGGGAUGUCUUGGUCCUCUAGUGGUGGAAGAGAAUGUCUGUGGUGCAUCAGCUGUCACCAGGAUGGUUACUGGAUCAUCUUUCUUUCAUAAACAAGAGUAUCUAUCAACUUCACCAGCUUUGUGAACCUUGUUGCUGUAAAAAUGAGCCCAUUUCUGUCCACCUUGAUUCUCAACACAUGAGUUCUGUAUCCUCUUUUGGAGCUUCUACUACUUUUAUCACUUCUGAUUCCACCACAAAAGCACAGAGUGAUGAUGGAGGAAAUUGUGAAAAAUUCAUUCAGAAAUAUGUUUUUCGAUCUGAACUGUUUGCUAUCACUAAACCUUAUCUAACUUCAGCUGCUGACAAAGAAUGUCAGCAGAGUACUGAAAAAGAAGAUCUAAUGGAUGGUGUUAAAAAAGAAAUUUCCAGUUCCACAAUUCGGAAGAAGCGUAAAAGAUGUGCUGUUUUCAAUCAAGGUGAAUUGGAUGCUAUGGAAUAUCAUACAAAGAUCAGGAGACUGAUUUUGGAUGGUUCUUCACAAUUAAUCCAAGAAGGUCUCAAAAGUGGCUUUCUUCAUCCACUUUCUGAAAAACGGGACAAGUGCAGUGAGCCCGUUACUUUACCUCUUGAUACCUGCAAUUUGUCAGAGUUAUGUGAAAUGGCAAAGCAUUUGCCUUCUCUGAAUGAAAUGGAACUUCAGACAUUGCAAUUGAUGGAAGAUGAUAUAUCUGAUAUAGAGCAGGAUUUAUUCUCGCGGGUUGUUGAAAACAACUCCAACUUUACAAAACUGAUUACUCUAAUGGGACAGAAGUACUUACUGCCACCAAAAGCCAGUUUUCUUUUGUCUGAUAUUUCUUGUAUGCACCCUCUUCUGAGUUGUAAAAAAAUGUAUGAUGUAAUUGUGAUAGAUCCACCAUGGCAGAACAAAUCAGUUAAAAGGAGCAAUAGGUAUAGUUAUUUAUCACCACUGCAAAUAAAACAACUGCCUGUCCCUACACUUGCUGCUCCAAACUGUCUUAUUGUUACUUGGGUAACCAAUAAGCAGAAGAUCCUACGUUUUGUAAAGGAAGAACUUUAUCCUUCUUGGUCUGUGGACAUUGUUGCUGAGUGGCACUGGGUAAAAAUUACCAGUUCAGGAGAGUUUGUGUUUCCACUAGAUUCUCCACACAAAAAGCCAUAUGAAGUUCUUAUACUGGGGAGAGUUCGAGAAAAAACUGAUUUAUCAUUAAGGAAUGCAGAUGUAAAAGUGCUCCCCAUUCCAGACCACAAGUUAAUUGUCAGUGUGCCCUGCACUCUUCACUCACAUAAGCCACCUCUUGCUGAGGUUCUAAAAGACUAUAUCAAGCCAAAUGGGGAAUGUUUGGAAUUGUUUGCUCGAAACUUACAACCAGGCUGGACGAGUUGGGGCAAUGAAGUUCUCAAAUUUCAGCAUUUGGAUUAUUUUAUUGCUCUGGAGUCUGGAAGUUGACUGAUCUUAAUUUUCUUCUCCCUUCACUAUACUAUUUUUUUCCUUUUAUUACCAACAAGUAUAUGUAGAUAUUUAACUAUGACUAUUUUUUUUUUAGCAGAAUGACCAGAAGUGACUAUCCUUAUAAUUUUGAGAUUGAUUUUAUUUAGUUACAUUCGUAUUCCAUAUUAUUCUAUUAGGACUUAAUACAAAUAAAGAGAAAGAUGGAAAGAUUGUAUUUUAAAUGAAGAAAUUCAGAAAGCAUCUUGCCUAUGGAUUUUGUUUUUUGUUCCAUAUAGUUGUAUGAAAAGAAACUUUGUACUAUCAUUCUAAAAAAAUCAGGAAAUUCACAUAUAAGACCAGAUUUCUAUUUUACUUUAAACAUAGUAGCUUGUGUUCUUUCCUGACAUCAAAUUGUGGAACUCUGUAGUGGCGGUUACUUGGGAAUGACUUUGCUCUCUAGUUUACCAAAGUACCUCUUUGCUGCAUGCUACAUACAUUCUGGAAUGGUAUUCAAAGAUUUUUUCCAAGUACUGUGUCAUAUGGAAUCAUGAAAACAUUUUUGAAGGGUUUUAAAUUGUUGUCAGGGAAACUUAUCAGUACUUCCUCAUUUUUUUGUUUUUCCAGAGGAAAAUUUAAAAGCUGUUUCUUAUAAAAUGUC